AGCCGGGCAUUUCCAUCCCUACUCCAUUUUUUUCUCUAAAAUGGAGUAAAAGUGAUUAUGGAGUAAAGAAUGCUCCAACCCAACCCCAUAUCUCACUCCAUAAUGAAGUAAAGUUUACUCCAUAAAUGGAGUAAUCUAUUUUUGUUUUGUUCAUCACUCCAUUAUAGAGUGAGAAAUAGAGUAGGAUUGGAGAAAUUUUACUCCAUUUUCACUUUUACUCCAUUUUAGAAGAAAAAAUGGUGUUUUACAUUGGAGAUGCUCUAACUAUGUAAACUUGGCAGCACAGAGUGUAAUAGUAUAUACUUUGGAAAAAGAAAUCAAAUUGUGAACUAACUGUAUAUUCCAAACACACAUUCCACAAUUGAAAAAACUGUAACCAAGAUAUAACAUCUCAUUCAUUUUUGGCCAAAUAUAUAAAAACAAUUAAUGAUAACAACAUUAAAGAAAAGCAGCAUGCUACCUGUAAAAAGUUCCAACAUCAUUAAUCAUCAUCAUCAAACACCACCUCUUUUAACCCAACGGCAACCUAUAAACGCCGGUUAACUCUCGUGCUUUGAACUACACUACCAUCCGGUCACAUUAGUCCAUUUUUAUUCACUCUUAAACAAGUAUGCACGCCCUCACCAACUCCGGUGCGGUGCUACUCGCCGUCUUACUCCUCUUCCUCCUCAUCUUCUUCGCCGAGCUCUCUUACAUCUUCUGUCGUCCAUCGCCUUCUCCGGCAAGUAAAGAGGUUCUGCUCCAGUUCUUCACGUGUUGCAAGAAGAACCAGUCUCGUGUUGAGCCAACCGGAACUGUUUCUAUACGGAUGGAGGAGGAUAAUGGUGUUGCUGCGGCGACGGAGGAGGAGGAGGAUGUAGCGGCGGUGGACAAGUGGCGAGUGUCGAGGCUUCUGUUUACAAUAGAAGAAGAUGAUUUGGAAAUGGAAGAUGAUGAUGAUGAUGACGGUGAACUAGUACGGGUUGAUAUUCCGGUGGAAUGUUCCAGGGAGCCUACUCCGUUCUUGACGCCGUGUGAUUCUCCUCCUUACUUCACUCCUUCGCCGUCUCCGUGUCGGAAUGUGCAUGAUGAUGUCAUUGAUGUUUGUUUAUGACGUCGUCGGUGAUAGCAGAAGGGAUUGUUGUUGUUUCAAUUUUCCAAAGGUCUCAGAUAUUUUUUUUUUUUGUAACCAGUUCAAAUGGUUAAUGUUAGUACUAGGCGUGGGACAGUUUAGUAGUAAUUAUUUACAGCUUUUUUGUCAUAAACUUUGUUAUAUGGUUUGUUACAAACUCAAGCUGAUAAGCAUUUCUGGUGGCACUAU